GAAGACUCAGAGCCAAUCAGCGGCGACGUCGCUUGUGCGCCUCCACGUCGACAGCAGCUGCGGUCAAGAUGGAGGCACUGAUUUUGGAGCCCUCCCUGUACACUGUCAAGGCCGUCCUGAUUCUGGACAAUGAUGGAGAUCGACUCUUUGCUAAGUACUAUGACGACACCUAUCCCAGUGUCAAGGAGCAAAAGGCCUUUGAGAAGAACAUUUUCAACAAGACCCAUCGGACAGAUAGUGAAAUUGCUCUGUUGGAAGGGCUGACAGUGGUCUAUAAAAGUAGCAUCGACCUCUAUUUCUAUGUGAUUGGCAGCUCCUAUGAAAACGAGUUGAUGCUUAUGGCUGUUCUGAAUUGCUUGUUUGACUCCUUGAGCCAGAUGCUGAGGAAGAAUGUAGAAAAGAGAGCUCUGCUGGAGAACAUGGAGGGGCUCUUCUUGGCUGUGGAUGAAAUUGUAGAUGGAGGGGUGAUCCUAGAGAGCGACCCCCAGCAAGUGGUGCACCGGGUGGCUUUGAGGGGUGAGGACGUCCCCCUUACAGAGCAGACCGUGUCUCAGGUGCUACAGUCAGCAAAAGAACAGAUCAAGUGGUCCCUCCUUCGGUGAAGAUGUUUCAUGCCCAGUUCCUUGCGCCUCAAAACCCCACAUCUGCUAUGACUUCUUAUCCAGGCCCCCAACAGAUGCUCUUAGGGUCAUGUUGGAGAAUCAAAAUGGACCCUUGCAUCUCUAUCCUUUCUGGGGUCAUUUGUCUCCCACUUCCUUCCCACUCAAGGGCAGAUUUGAAUGAGGCAACGGAAACACCCUCUUCCUACUACACUGUUCUCCCACCCCCACAUUCUCUCCUGGCCCUUUUCUAUGGCUGUACUUCAGAUCAAAGCAGGAGAAAGAAUGUGCUGAGUUUCCCUCCCUGUGCCCCAGGGGCCCUCAUCCCAGCAUCCCAUAUGUCCAGCAAAGGGGAGGACUCCUUCCUUCAGCCCAAGUGGGUGUGGAGUGGCAGGGGCUGCACAGCUUCUCUCCUUCCUGCUGCCCUGUCCGUGAGUGUGCAGGCAGUGCAGUCUCUGCUAUAAUCUGGCCUUCAGCAUCAAAGCUGCUGUGCCUACUCUAGGUCUGUACCACACCUCUCUGUCUGUAUCACCUGCCAGGUCUUUGCCUGGUGUGGCCUCUGGUAGCCUGGAACAAAGCCAGACCUUGGAACUAAAACAGAGGUAGCCCCCAGAAAAGUUUCUACACAGAACCGAGGGAAAAGGGUCCUUCAUGACUUGGGCCUUGCCAUGUUCCUCUGUGCUCUCCAACUCAUACUCCUUCCUCUGCCUUGGUUCUUCAGUCUGCUGUUGAGCUCUCCCUCUCUGCCCCAGCCUUCCCCUCAGCGGAGGGGCUGCCUUUCUUCUAAGGCUUGGAUUCCCGUUCUUGGGUGAAAUGUUGCCCCUUGACCCCACAUCUCCGUGAAAAUGUCUUAGAAAAACGUUCCCCUGCAAACAUUCUGCCCCCUACGUUGGCUGAAGUGGGCAGACUGGAGGCGGACUCUGCAAGAAAUGGAGUCAGGCGAAGUCCACCUUGUACGCUGCUGUGCGUCAGAGGAAUAAAGCGAAUCUCUUCCAAA